AUGAUCUUACCGGGGCAGGCACCUGCUCCGGGCGGCACCGGCCAGCGCAGCCCCCGCGGGCUCCGCCAGGCAGCGAGCCGGCCCGGGGGCCAUGCACAGGGCGCCCCCGCCGCUGGGCGGGCAGCGGGCUCGGCCCUGCCUGACCCCGGACACGGCCACGACGCACGGGCCCGGGACCCACCCAGGGACCCGGCCGAGCCCAGGAGCCCGCAGGGCCGCAGCGGCUCCGUCCCCAGGGCCCCGCCAGGGCCAACGUCCGCCGCCGUCCGUUGCUGCUUAUGGACGCCCGUUGCCGCCAGGCCCGGCUCGCGCCGGCUCGCGGGCGCCCCACGUGGUCGCCGGCGCGCAGCGGGAGGGGCCGGGGCCGGCCUGCAGCUCCUCUGCGGGGCGGCGCGCACCGCCGGCUCCGGCCGCUCUGCUCUCUUGGGAGCUCGAGGCCGGGGCCCUGGCUGCGGGAUCCUGGCCGCUGUCGCCCGGCCCGCCGCAGGCCGCUGCCGCUCUGCGGGCUCCUCCGCUCCCGGCCCUUUCGGGCGCACGGAGAAGCGGGGGCGCUCUAGGGGCACCUGCCAGACGUCGCACCCCGACUCAGGCCCACAGGUGCGAGGGUCAGGGUUGCACACACAGCGCUGUCACCUCCUCCGGGGCCCGGCCGGCGCCCCAGGACCACGGCGGAUGGAGAGGAAGAGCGAAGCGGGAGAGGACUCGCGGCUCAGCCACGGGCGAGCAGCAGCGUGGACCUGGGGGGCACCAGCCUGGACCUGGAAGCCGAGGGCGACCCGCUGCCUCCCGGGGAGGCGCCGCCCCGACCUCCGACGACCUGGACUCCAUUGUUCAUCUUGUCUCUGACUCGGCUAUGCUGGAAGACUUGACAUGGUAAGAUGUGAUGAGCCUGGUCAGAUUCUGGGACAAUUUUCUGUGUCCCACAGGGAUGUGCUUGUGACCUCCCUUCAUGUUGUCUGGAGACUCUGACAACUCUGUGAUCUGAGUGACAAGGACCACAGGCCAGCAAGAAAUGCUGUUCAGAGAAGGAAGGACAGGGUCCUUCUUAACCCCUUCCUUCUGUCCUCAGGGGAGGACAGACCCUGUAUUGUGUGUGUGUUAGGACGGAACAAUUUAUGAUUUCAUUUAUUGUGAUAGCCAGCAGUGGGGACCAGAGAGAUCGUCUAUCCACUG